GUUUUAAUCUCGGCCAGUACGACAUCCAGCAUGCUGUUUUUUCCGUCAAGAUGAAUGAGGAACAAAAGCUGUUUCUGGUGGAUUUGGUAAUUGUUGGGUGAGAACGGAUUGAAAGUUGUCUAACAUUAGCUUUCUUGCUCGCCAGUUUAUAGCCUAGAAUUGCAGGUGGUGGUUUUCUGUUUUAACUUGCUCUGUUCUCAUCAACAAAGAUCAUUAUUUGUUAGCCAGGUAACUAGCUGCCUAGCGCUAGCAGUACUCAAUUUGGUGCAGACUAGUAGCUCAUUUGCUACAGCAUUAGCAAAGAGGCUAGUGCCAUAAAAUACCAUCAAAUGCACUUUAUGACAUGAUAGGCACCGCAACAUUAUGAUAAUGUUGUGAAUAGAACGCCGCUAUUGCUGGUGGUCUGUUUAUAAGUAGACGAGUUAGCUAGCUAGUUCCGAGCUUCUGGCUCUUAGUAGGCUUCAGCAUUUCGUAGUUUGGUUCAUGCAGACUUAUGGGUUCAUACUUCUGACGAAAUCAUUUGAUAAUGCAGCCUACUAUUACAUUUUUGUGUUGGAUGGGUGAUGGUCUAGCUCAUGAGUUCAGACAGCUUGGUCUUUUCUCCACACAAUUCAAAGAAAGCUGAAGGUUAACCAGACUGAGGUACUCAAGUCAACUAGAUGGAGAACACACCUGGAAAAAGUAAACAUAACCAAGAGGACUAAACAGUCCAAAACAAAUGGGGUUACUUUGAACCAUCCAAAUAAAAAAUGAACCAAGGAAAUAGGUGACUGUUCCAAACUUUUCUUGCUGAAGAAGCAUGUCAAGCAACAUCAAACGACAUCCAACCAACCGACCCCCGUGUAGUGAAAUAUCAUGGAGUCCUCUAGUGAUGCUAACAAGAUUGUCUAAGGUGGUGGUUAAGACUCUUCUGCGAGACACUAAAGUGUGUUUGGUGAAGGAAGAGACAGAUGCCAGGAGGGAUGAAGACAACAGUGGAGAAUUCAAAUGAAGAAGCACUCCAGUCAACAAGAUGAAGAGCAAACCUGGGAAAAAGCAACACAACAAAACCAAGAUGUCUAAACACCAUCGAAACCCCAUCAAAACAGAGUGUGGAAGACAGUCCGAUGAUUUUGACUGCAGUAGAGAAGAACCAGACAUUAACCAAUCACCCUACAUUACUAAAGGAGUUUGUAACAACUCUAUCCUAAUCAAAGAGGAACCAAAAGACUUUGAACGGCAGGGAAUGGGAGAAGAACAAAACCGUUCUAUUCCUUCCUUCCAGAAGAACCACAUCGAACAUCAAAAUACAUCCAAUCCAAUGACCGGGUGUAGCCAGAUAUCAAGGAGUCCUAUGGUGAUGCUAACAAGAUUGUCUAAUGUGGUGGUUAAGACUCUUCUGCGAGACACUAAAGUGUGUUUGGUGAAGGAGGAAAACCCAGAAGAGCCCGAUGGAGUCUCUACUUCUCAGUUCUUUCCUUGUCCACACUGCACCAUCUCCUUCACUGACUGUUACUUCCUGGAGAACCACAUCAAGACCAAACACCCGAAGCAGUACCUGGCCAUGUUGAAAAGCCAAGUCUCAAAGAGUAAAACCGUGUAUGCCCCCACACACAGCUGUCCCCACUGUAGCUGCAUGUUCCAUACCCCACGGCAACUACACGUCCACACCCGUCAGGCCCACCCCUCUCCCUCUCUGAGAAAACUCCACCCCUGCCCCUAUUGUGCCCGCAGCUUCCAGUACAUAGCCAGACUGCAUACUCACUGCAAGGUUUGGCACAAAAUGUCUGUCACUUUCACAGAUGGAUACCUCAGUUGCGCUGACUGUGGAAAGAGCUUCAAGAAUUGCUGGGGACUGGGGCCUCACCAGUGUCACAAGCCUGAGGACACUAAGCUUGAGGAUGGCCCUGUCUGUAUGAACAUUGGCAUGCCAUGCUCAGAGUGUGGCAAAAGCUGCUCUAGUCCUCGGAAUCUGCGCAUUCACAUGCGCACACACACCGGCGAGAAGCCUUACGUCUGCAAGGAGUGUGGCAAGAGCUUCUCAGAAGACAGCAGUUACCGCAAACAUAUGAUGAUACACUCGGGGGUCAAGCCAUUCAAAUGUCAGGAUUGUGGAAAGGAUUUUGCCCGGAUGGGGCGCCUCCGAGUUCACAUGACUAUUCACUCUGGCGAGAAGUCUUUCUCUUGCUCCAAAUGUGACAAGCGGUUUGCAUACAAGGACUGUCUGAAGCUUCACCUGCGCACACACUCAGGGGAGAGACCUUUUAAAUGUACUGUGUGUGGUAAAGACUUUGCCUACAGAAAUUAUCUGAAGUUGCAUCUGAAGAUCCACAACAAUGAAAGGAACUACCAUUGUGGGGUUUGUGGGCUGAAGUUCAUAAACAGUGCAGCGUUGAAAACCCACCAGCGCACACACACUGGGGAGAGGCCUUUCCACUGCACAGUGUGUGACAAGACAUUUUUCCGACAUGAACACCUGAAGAACCACCAGCGCACUCACACAGGUGAGAAACCAUACACCUGUACUGAGUGCGGUAAAAGCUUCACUCAGUCUGGAGAUCUGACCAAACACAAGCGCAUCCACACUGGGGAGAGGCCAUUUGAAUGUUCUGAAUGCCACCGACGGUUUAUCUGUUCUGCUGAUCUGACCAGACACAUGAGGAUCCACAAUAACUCACGGCCAUAUCCCUGCCAGGAGUGUGACAAGAGAUUCCGCUUGGCCAACCACCUUAAAAUUCACAUGAGGACCCACACUGGGGAGAGACCAUACUCCUGCCCCCGCUGCCAUCGCACCUUUGCUCGCACCCACCACCUCUCUGGUCACCUGCCUAGAUGUCGCUGAAUGAUGAAAUUAGAAUGUAUAUAAAUAAACUCUUUUACUCUUGUUGUAGUGAUUUAAUAAGGGAACAGUGAUGUACAGAAGAUGGUUUUGUACCCGACUCUGUUGUGGUAAUGCCAAUAAAGGCCUCUAUAGUCUGUGA